CUCGCAUCCACAUGUCCAAAGCUCCGAUCUGACAUCUUUCUUUUCUGCUUCUACCACGUUUUACACAAGUUGUGGUUCGGACAAAAUGUACAACACCGUGUCGAAAAAACGCCGGUUUGUGGCCAAUGGCAUGUUCCAUGCCGAACUCAACGAGUUCCUGACUCGUGAGCUGGCCGAGGAUGGAUACUCCGGUGUGGAGGUCCGUGUUACGCCGACCCGCACAGAAAUCAUCAUCAUGGCCACCCGCACCCAGAACGUGCUGGGUGAGAAGGGACGCCGCAUCCGUGAGCUGACCGCCGUCGUCCGCAAGCGUUUCGGAUUCGCACCCGGCAGCGUUGAGCUGUACGCCGAGAAGGUUGCCACCCGCGGUCUGUGCGCGAUCGCUCAGGCGGAAUCGCUGCGCUACAAGCUGAUCGGUGGGCUGGCCGUGCGCCGCGCCUGCUACGGUGUGCUGCGCUUCAUCAUGGAGUCGGGCGCCAAGGGCUGCGAGGUGGUGGUGUCGGGCAAGCUGCGCGGUCAGCGUGCCAAGUCGAUGAAGUUCGUCGACGGACUGAUGAUCCAUUCCGGUGAUCCGUGCAACGAGUACGUCGACACCGCCACCCGGCACGUGCUGCUGCGCCAGGGUGUGCUGGGCAUCAAGGUCAAGAUCAUGUUGCCGUGGGAUCCGAAUGGCAAGAUCGGCCCGAAGAAGCCCCUGCCCGACAACGUGUCCGUGGUUGAGCCGAAGGAUGAGAUCAUGUACUCGUCGCCGCGCAGCGAACCCAAGUUCAAGGUGCCGGAACCGCUGGUGGAAGCGAAGGAGCACGUCGUCGAGGCGUGAGCGGGGUGUGACACUGUGUGAGUCGUGGGAUGACGGUGGGAUGUUGGCGCGGUGUACAUUCAUGGUGACGCUGUUGGGAAUGCGUGAUGUGCGUAUUUGGAGAGGGCGGAUUGAAGGAUGAAAAUACAUAAGCUUUCUUCCAGACGGAUCACCGCCGGAGCGAAACAUUAGAAAAACGCAGCAAGGGAGUAUCCGUUUGGAGAAUACAUAA